AUGUCGGAAAACUUGCCUGAAUCCCUGUCUGCUGCCUUCGACUCUUUGGCCUCUCAACCUUCCCCUCGAUCGGGCAUUGAGGCAUUUCUGUACCACUGCAGUGCUGCACGAGUAGCUGCCCAACGAGCUUCAUUCACCUCUGUCGCAAAGUAUUUGCGCAACCUAUAUCGCCAUGAAGUGCUGAGCUGGUCUCACAUCUUAUUCUUGACAACUUUUGUAAUAACUAUGGCCGGGUGUGCUAUCUUCUCUCGUCCUUUCUGGCGCAAGCGGUCGCCUCAGAAGAAAAAGUUUCGCCCGUCUGGCCUUCGCAAACGCACCUCCAAGUCAUCCUCGAAGACUCUCACCUCCUCUGAUGACGAUUAUGAAGAUGAAGACUUUACUAGCAGUAACGGUACCCUGCGAAACGAUACUGACUCUCUUGACACUUCUCAAGAAUGGUCUUCCCAACCAGAGCAGCAAACUUCAGAUGCCUUUAAAAGCGAUCCCGGAAUUCUGAAGAAAUUUACUUCGUACAAAAUCUAUACUACCCCCAUUGCGACCUAUCCUACCAUUCGAACCUUUUACUGCCCCCACCCACACAUCAGCCGCCUUCCUACCAAACCCUCGCCUGUUCCUUUGCUAGUAUUUAUCCAUGGAUUGGGUGGAUCGCUCGCUCAGUUCCACCACCUUCUGACCAGUCUUGCAAACAUAGGAUCAUGCUUUGGCAUUGACUUGCCAGGAUGCGGAUUAUCUAAAUUUUCACCGACUAAAUGGGAUGCAUACACAGUCGAAGCUCUAGCGGAAUUGCUAGCUGUGGCAAUUGAGCAACACAGAGAUCGAGAGGCUGGACAGGAUGUUAUUCUCGUGGGUCACAGCUUGGGAUGUUCAUUGUCUGCUCUGCUUGCUUCCUCGACCAUGUCAAUUGGAGAGGGCCUGAAAGAGCAUAUCAUCGGAGUUAUCGCAAUAUGCCCCAAGGCAACGCCUCCCUCGCCGAAAGCAGUUACAAAUUUUCGCCGAUUGCUUCACGUGCCCGGGCCUAUCUUCGAUCUCUGGCGUUUGUGGGAUCGACGUGGCGGUAUUGAAAGUACCAGUGUCAUGAGAAUGGUAGGCAAAGAUGCCGAUGCUGAGACUCGGGAUCUCCAGGUUCGCUUCAAUAAGCAAAGCCAGACACCUGUCUGGCGUCGCAUGGCCUGGGGUACGCUUCCCACUUACAAUGGAGAUGAAGCUGUGGGAGGUAUGCCUGGCGAGAAGGUUUGGGCCGGUAUUCAAAUGCCGAUUCUGUUGGUUGCAGGCGAGGCAGAUGCUGUCACCAAGCCAGCUGAGAUUCAAAAACUGCUGAAGUUCUUUGGUGACGCAUCUAUUCAUACUGCCAUUGACACUAGCGAAGGCAGCGUCGUCCCCAAUGCCUCGCAAGUUCACGACCAGGCGGCAGCACCAGCCGAUUACCUGGCUCAUGAAGAGGGAUAUGGUGUUCAGCCUGUCAUAACGGAACAUCAAAUGGAAUCAGCCAGCGUCACUGGCGGUAAACGUAAGCGACUAGUGAAGACAGCCAUCUUACCUGCGCCAGCAUCUCAUGCUCUUCUCUAUGAUCGAGCUACAUACCGUACACUGGCUGGAAUUAUUCAGGAUUUCCUGACGCAGCACAUUGACAAGCGUCUGGGACUGGGGUGGCAACUACAACACAUGAACACUUCAGGCAAAUGGGACGUGAAGAACCUUGCAAAGUGGAAGAAGGUUGCCCCAGUCUCAAAGCCAAUAGCAAACACUUUUGCUGCGAUGAAGAUGCUCCGCGAGGUUGACGAAGAGCACAACCCAGUCCUAUUCUCUGAAAAAUACAAAGGCAAGAUCUACGCCAUAAUCGACAUCAGCCACGAGAGCCCAGUCUACAGUCCUGCCAACAUGGAGAAGGGCGGUAUAAAUUACUGCAAGCACCCAACGGUGUCGAAGAUCCCUCCCACUCCCGAUGAGACCCGCGACUUCAUUGCCCUUGUCGAUCGUCUCCAGAAGGAUAUUGACGAUCAGAUGGAGAAACGUGAAGAUCCAUCUCUGCCACGUCCUCUAGUCGGUGUUCACUGUCACUACGGGUACAACCGCACUGGAUUCUUAAUCGCAUGCUAUCUCAUUGAACAACUGGGAUAUAGCGUCCAAGACGCAAUUGACGAGUUCAAUUCUUGUCGACCACCUGGCAUCCGCCAUGGUCACUUCAUUGAUACAUUAUUUGUACGAUAUUGUGUGGGGCUGAAGAGGGCACCCACUUUGUAA